AUGUCCAAAGGGAACAUUUCCCUGAGGCUGCUCAACGUCAGGGAGGAGGACGCGGGAAUUUAUACCUGCCUGGUCCCCAAACUCGGGUCAAAGGUCAAGCUGGACACAGUCACGCUGGUUGUUGACCGAAACACAGAACCAGCACAAAGCAGUGAAAACCUCCACCAGCAGAUCUUCAAACACAGGGAGUCUCAGUAUGACAUUCUGGGUGUUAAGAAAAACUGGUCUGGACUCGUUCCAAACAUUACAAGCCACAUCCUGUCCCGGUUCCUCUUCUCCUUCUUUCUGCCUGAUCCUGAAUCAAAUGCUGAGCUGGGUCAGUAUGCUGUGAGGAGGAAGGAGAAACCUGAAGGGAGCUCCUCGGUCAUCGGGUCACAUGAUCCGGUCGUGGCGCCUCCGGGCGGCGACGCCCUCCUUCCGUGCUUUCUGGAUCCUCCGCUCGAUGUCUCAGGCCUAACAGUUGAGUGGAAAUUCAACGGAACUCAGCUGGUGCAUUUUUACCGAAGCAAAUCUGACUCCGACAGGCAGAGGCAGAACAUCUCUAAACCGCUCUGA